UGUAAAUGGAUCUUCAUCCUUCACAAAUAAUAUGAUAUAUAGAGAUGAGCUCAACAGUUAAUGAAGUCUUCGGAGUCUCGAUUGUUCUAAAUUUGGUAGCGGCAUCCUUCAACCUUUGUCUUCUCGGAUUCCGGAUCACUUCUGGGGUUGAUAGUUUCGAGUUCCUAAGUAGUAUUUUGUUGCUGAUAUUUCAAAUGGCACAAAUUGCCUGUGCUUGCUACUUGGGGACACAAUUAAUUGAGUCGAGCCUCAAUAUUAAUAAUUCUGUGUACAAUAUUUAUCCUUACUGCGAGGACAUUGGUUGGCAGAGAUCCUUACUUUUCAUUAUGAAAAGAAGUCAAACUCCUGCUGUUUUGAAUUCACCAAUGCUUUCGUCUAUUUCUAUGGAAACAAUGAGAAGAGUGGUGGGUGUAGCCUUCCAGUUUUUUGCGGUGCUGAACUCUGUGCGACAGCGUGGUUAAAUUAUCGAUGUUUCCUUUGCAGUGGGUUAAACUCUAAUAACUAGCGUAUUAGUGUAAACUUUGCA